UUGUCUACUGCCACCCACUCAAUAUUUGGGUCAGAAACUUCGUGUGCAUGUGAGUUAUCCAAUGUGCUUUUUGAAACAAAUGGAAUCCUGAUGGGCUUUUAAAUAUUUAACUUUCAAGGGAGCACCGGAGGUUAUACCUACUUGGUUCUUUUCACGGAGAUUACCAAACCAGCCGUGGUAAACUGACUCAGUGCAAAACCCAGUUUCUCCCAAGUGACUGGGGAGAUUUGUUUACUGGUCUUGGUUUGAAGGACUCAAAUUAGUUGCUGUCGUCUGCUUCAGUGUGUUGGCAUAAUGGCUGCAGCCCUAAAUCCCCGCAUGAAGGCACUGGAAGCCAAGGUUGUCAUCCUUGGCAAAGAAGGUGUAGGGAAAACGAGCCUCGUAGUGAGGUACGUUGGAAAAAUCUUUAGCAAAAACGUCAGUCCAACUGUAGGUGCAUCGUUCUUCACUUUCAAAAUGACAGUCGACAACCACCGAGUGAAACUAAUGGUUUGGGACACGGCGGGACAAGAAAGGUUCCGAUCCAUGGCGCCCAUGUACUACAGGAAAGCCAAUGCAGCCUUCCUGGUAUACGACAUCACCCAGUAUAACACAUUCGAGAACGUGAAGACGUGGGUCGAAGAGCUGAAGACGGCAACAGAGAGUCCAAUGGUUCUCUGCGUCCUGGGGAACAAAUGCGAUUUGAAGGACCAGCGCAAAGUGCAGUCAGACGAGGCCCUCAUGUAUGCUGCGUCCAUUGGAGCGCUGUUCUUUGAGACAUCCGCGCUUACAAACGAAGGAGUACAAGAAGCUUUCUUGCGUUUAUCCCUGGCGCUCAUCUCUCUUAGUAAGAGCGCCCCCAAUUGUGGGCUUGUCACCAAGGACUACGACUCUCGGAGAAAGUCGGAGGAUUUUUUGUCCUUCCCGCCAAGCCUGGUGCUCCUCAAGGAGCAGAUCAAGGGAGAAGAGGAAGAGAGAGAAGGGGAGGAAAAAGACAAAACCAUCGGCAAGUGCUGCUGAUGACCUAUGAAUGUUUCAUGAA